GUUUCACACCAUGGAUUAUCUACCAGUGUGAACCAAUGGCGUGAACGAAGGUGAAAUGCACCAGUCCGUUCCUUUUCGUGUCCGGGGGGAAACAGCAGAUGAUGAUGGGAUCAAUUCCGCUUAUUUAGCUAAGGAAGCAGCCCAACAUGGCUCACAGUGCCAGGACAGAUUGCCCGGAGCUCCCGGACUUCUUUCUUCUCAAGAGGCUGGCCAGGGAUCAGCUCAUCUACCUGCUGGAACAGCUGCCGGGGAAGAAGGACCUCUUCAUCGAGGCAGACUUGAUGAGCCCGCUGGAUCGUAUUGCUAAUGUGUCAACGCUAAAGCAACAUGAGGUCGACAAACUCUACAAAGUGGAAUACAAACCUAUUGUCAGCACCUCAGAUCAGCUCUGUUUUCUGAUCCGGCCUAGAAUACAAACUGUCAAAUGGAUAUGCGACGUGGCCAAUGCAGACAAGGCAGCAGGAAGAUUUAGACGAUACAAGAUCAUCUUUACCCCUCAGAAGUUUUAUGCGUGUGACGCGGUGCUGGAGGAGCAGGGGAUCAUUGGCGAUGUGACCACUGAUGAGUGGUCUUUUUAUCUUCUUCCUCUUGACGAUGACAUCAUCAGCCUGGAGCUGCCCGAGUUCUUUCGAGACAACUUCCUGGCGGGGGACCAGCGCUGGGUGAGGACUGCCGGCAGCGCGCUGCACCUCCUCCACUCCCUCUACGGCCCCUUCUCUAAGGUUUAUGGGAUUGGACGAUGUUCCAAGAUGGCGUACGAGUCGUGGAGGGAGCAGGUGGAAGAAGGAGAACAAAAAGCUCGUCAAGCUGAAAUAGGAAAGGUUUUUCUCAUUGACCGAGACGUGGACUUUGUCACUCCUCUGUGCUCGCAAGUUGUCUACGAGGGACUCGUGGACGACAUAUUUAAAAUCAAAUGUGCGUGUGUGGAGUUUGGACCUGAUGUGACGUCCUCUGACAAAAGUAUUAAAGUCAUGCUGAACUCUCAGGAUAGGGUCUUCAAUGAAAUCCGAAACGAGCAUUUCUCCAACGUCUUUGGCUUCCUCAGUCAGAAAGCCAGGAAUCUCCAGACUUCAUACGAUAAGCGUCGGGGGAUGGACAUAAAGCAGAUGAAGACGUUUGUGUCGGAGGAACUAAAAGGCUUAAAACAGGAACACCGGCUGCUUAGCCUACACAUCGGUGCCUGUGAAUCGAUAAUGAAAAAGAAAACAAAGCAGGAUUUUCAGGAGCUGUUGAAGACAGAACACUCUUUACUUGAAGGAUUUGAAAUCCGUGAAAGCAUUUCUUAUAUAGAGGAGCACAUCAACAGACAGGUCUCAAUGAUCGAAAGUCUGAGGCUGCUUUGUCUUCUGUCUAUCACAGAAAAUGGACUUCUGCCAAAAGAUUACCGCUCAUUAAAAGCACAGUAUCUGCAGAGUUAUGGAGUGGACCACCUGCUCACAUUCGCCAACCUGAGGCAGUUGGGUCUGCUGGUGGAGCAGCAGCCGGGGGAAACGCUGACGGUUAUGGAGAGCAAGGUCGGCAAACUGGUCAACGACAGAACUGCAGGAAAGCUGAGUGACGCCUUCUCUUCUCUUGCAAAGAAGAGCAACUUCAGAGCCCUGAGCAGAAAGCUCAACCUGGUGCCAAAGUCAGAUGAAGAAUAUGACCUGCGUGUCCCACGAGACAUGGCCUACAUCUUCAGCGGCGCCUACGUCCCUCUGAGCUGCAAACUCAUCGAGCAGGUGUUGGAGCGAGACGGUUGGACGGGGCUUGAAGAAGUCACCAGGCUGCUAAAUGGACAUGAAUUUGCUGUUACAGGCAGCACCGGAGCGGACUCAAAAGCAAAGAACGACGCUCAGCGCAUCAUCCUCGUCAUGUUCCUCGGCGGCUGCACCUUUUCGGAGAUUUCCGCUCUACGUUUCCUCGGCAGAGAGCGAGGUUGUAAAUUCAUUGUGGUAACAACUGCGAUUACAAACAGUUCGAGACUCAUCGAGGCCUUGCUAGACAACAUUGUAUGAAGCCUGUCACCACUCCCUGAUGGACAGACACGGAGACAUUCCUGCAGCCACUUGUCAUGCGUUCCUUCCAGCACGCUGGCGUUACCGAUGGGAAAUGUUUCCGCUCUGUGCCUGACAACGAAAGAACUGUAAAGAUGUAUAAAGUGAAUAAAUGUUUUUAACGCG